UUAUCUGCCUACCAUCGACUGCGACAUUCUGAGCGUCAACGCCGACGGAUGAAAUUAUGGAUGCAUCGCACAUCGGCUGCUGCUGAGUUUGCAAUGAAACAAACUGAUGAAAUCUUCGAAAAUCUUCGAAGACAGCACAAAAGCGAUACAACAUCGCAUAAGAAGAGUAGACGAACUCAUCAUCAUGCUAAAGAUCUCACAACGAAACGGGAACGGAAUGAGGCAUUAUGUGAGGUACGUCGCAAUACUGUACAUAUGAAUACGCCCACCGAAGAAUACGAUCCUCCAUUUAUGGUUGAGGUUCGUUGUCGAAAUGUGGCUAAUUUCGAACGCUCACAGGGUCGUUCACCGCUAAGGCCACAGGGUUGCGUGCAUGAUUUAUUACGUUGCGUUCAAGUGUUCAAAGAUGUUCACUUCUCACGACGAAAGGUUGGAUCAGAAGGCUGGCAACCAUAUACGGUGCCGAAUGUUCCCAGCAGUUGUGAGUGCAUGUGGCCUGUUGAUAAAUAUGGUCACCAGGAACUGUAG